CGCGGCGUCGGGCCCAUGCAGGACGCGGAGAACGUGGCGCUGCCGGAGGCGGCCGAGGAGCGGGCCGAGCCCGGGCAGCAGCAGCAGCCGGGGGCGGAGCCGCCGCCCGAGGAGGAGCCGCCGCGGCCCGCGGGGGCCGAGGACGCCGCCGCGGAAGCGGCCGCGGAGGCCGGGCCGGAGCCCGACGUGAGGGCCGAGCCGGCCGAGGCGCAGGAGGCCGUGUCCAGCCCGGCCGAGCCCCCCGCCGCGCUCCCCGCCGAGCAGGCCCGCGACGAGCCGGCCCCGGCGUCCGAGGCGGAGGGCAGCGCGGCCGAGGCCGAGCCGCGGGCGGUGGAGAACGGCGACGCGGACGAGCCGUCGUUCAGCGACCCCGAGGACUUCGUGGACGACGUGAGCGAGGAAGAGUUGCUGGGAGACGUGCUCAAAGACCGGCCCCAGGAGGCGGACGGGAUCGACUCGGUGAUCGUGGUGGACAAUGUCCCUCAGGUGGGGCCCGACCGGCUGGACAAACUCAAAAAUGUCAUCCACAAGAUCUUUUCCAAGUUUGGGAAAAUCACAAAUGACUAUUACCCAGAAGAGGAUGGGAAGACGAAAGGGUACAUCUUCCUGGAGUACGCCUCUCCUGCCCACGCCGUGGACGCUGUGAAAAACGCCGACGGCUACAAGCUCGACAAGCAGCACACGUUCAGGGUCAACCUCUUCACCGACUUUGACAAGUACAUGACGAUCAGCGACGAGUGGGACAUUCCAGAGAAGCAGCCUUUCAAAGACCUGGGGAAUUUACGUUACUGGCUCGAGGAGGCGGAAUGCAGAGACCAGUACAGCGUGAUUUUCGAGAGCGGGGACCGCACUUCCAUCUUCUGGAACGACGUGAAGGACCCGGUCUCCAUCGAGGAAAGAGCGAGAUGGACGGAGACGUAUGUGCGUUGGUCGCCUAAGGGCACCUACCUGGCUACCUUCCAUCAGCGCGGCAUUGCCCUGUGGGGUGGAGAGAAGUUCAAGCAGAUCCAGAGGUUCAGCCACCAGGGGGUCCAGCUUAUUGACUUCUCACCUUGCGAGAGGUACCUGGUGACCUUUAGCCCCCUGAUGGACACGCAGGAUGACCCCCAGGCCAUCAUCAUCUGGGACAUCCUCACCGGGCACAAGAAGAGGGGCUUUCACUGUGAGAGCUCCGCCCACUGGCCUAUUUUUAAGUGGAGCCAUGAUGGUAAAUUCUUCGCCAGGAUGACCCUGGACACCCUCAGUAUCUACGAAACCCCCUCCAUGGGUCUUCUGGAUAAGAAGAGCUUGAAGAUCUCUGGAAUAAAAGACUUCUCUUGGUCCCCCGGCGGCAACAUCAUCGCCUUCUGGGUGCCUGAAGACAAAGACAUUCCCGCCAGGGUGACCCUGAUGCAGCUGCCGAGCAGACAGGAGAUCCGCGUGCGGAACCUCUUCAACGUCGUGGACUGCAAGCUGCACUGGCAGAAGAACGGAGACUAUCUGUGUGUUAAAGUAGACAGGACUCCAAAAGGCACCCAGGGUGUUGUCACAAAUUUUGAAAUAUUUCGGAUGAGGGAAAAACAGGUGCCUGUGGAUGUGGUCGAAAUGAAAGAGACCAUCAUCGCUUUUGCCUGGGAGCCCAAUGGGAGCAAGUUCGCCGUGCUGCACGGGGAGGCGCCGCGCAUCUCCGUCUCUUUCUACCAUGUCAAGAGCAACGGGAAGAUCGAGCUCAGCAAGAUGUUUGACAAGCAGCAGGCGAACACCAUCUUCUGGAGCCCCCAAGGACAGUUUGUGGUGCUGGCCGGCCUGCGGAGCAUGAAUGGUGCCUUAGCGUUCGUCGACACCUCAGACUGCACGGUCAUGAACAUCGCCGAGCACUACAUGGCCUCCGACGUGGAGUGGGAUCCGACCGGGCGCUACGUGGUCACCUCUGUGUCCUGGUGGAGCCACAAGGUGGACAAUGCUUACUGGCUGUGGACCUUCCAAGGACGCCUCCUGCAGAAGAACAACAAGGACCGCUUCUGCCAGCUGCUCUGGAGGCCGCGGCCCCCGACGCUCCUGAGCCAGGAGCAGAUAAAGCAAAUUAAAAAGGAUCUGAAGAAAUACUCAAAGAUCUUUGAGCAGAAGGACCGCCUGAGCCAAUCCAAAGCUUCCAAGGAAUUGGUGGAGAGGAGGAGAGCCAUGAUGGAAGACUUCAGAAAGUACCGGAAAGCGGCCCAAGAGCUCUACGUGGGACAGAAGAACGAGCGUCUGGAGUUGAGAGGAGGUGUGGACACUGACGAGCUGGACAGCAACGUGGACGACUGGGAGGAGGAGACCAUCGAGUUCUUUGUCACUGAGGAAAUCAUCCCUCUGGGGAGUCAGGAGUGAGCCGAGUGGCAGUGUUGUCACCGUCUGGCCCAGGACAGAGGUCGCCUCCUGCGGAACUCUGCGCGACCCCUGCAGCGCGGCCUGUGCUCCCUCCGGACCGUGACUGCCCCGGACUCCCCGGUCCACACGCUCUGUGCCUUCAGACCCCUGGGUCUCGAGUGGGGGAGGCUGAGAGGCACCACUUGUCCCUCGCUGUGGGGCUUCUCUUCUCCAUGCCUCCGACAUCUGCUGCUUAGCCUGGAGGUGGCGUUUGCAGGGUGUGCCAUCCACAGCGAGUGACGCUUCUGCUCAAGGACUCCUGUCCUGUGCGAGGGCCAGCGUGGAGACCAGCGAGGGAGCCGUGCGCUGGGCCUGUCCCCACCAUCAGGUUGGGGCAGGUUCUCAGCAGGUUGAACGUGGAAAUAAAAGCAAACCUGUAUGGCAAAA